UCCAAAGUAUGCACAAGUGCUCAUACCUUUACGGUUGUGCAGUGUGAUAUUUUUUAAAUCAUAAGUAAAUCGUAGUUGAAUUUUUUUUCUAACAUUUUUUUAUUCAAAAUUCGUGUUACUUAAAAUUUUUCAGUGAAUAGUUUUAAAAGAUUUUAUUUACAUACUGUUAGAGUUGGGUGAAAACGUAAAAUCACUUAAUUAUCGUUAUUUUUAAAACAAUCCUAUAGUUGUUUAUACUCAUACAGAAAAAAUGGCGUUAGAUUUAUAUAAAAAAAACGAAUUCGAUAAAUCUAAAAAAUCCAAAAAAUCUUAUGAUGAAAUCAUAAAGGAUAUUGUGACCGAUGAUUUUCCAUUGAACCCRUUGGAAUUGGUAGGCGAACUGAGUUUUGACGAUCCUGCGRCCUUAGUGGAAACCGACAAACUGCCAAGAUCAGAUGUGCAGGAGUUCUAUARCGAUGCCUCUAUUUUCAUCACCGGUGGCACUGGAUUUAUGGGMAAGAUGUUGAUCGAAAAACUCAGUAGAUCCUGCCCACAUCUCAAGCAUAUCUACUUGCUGAUUAGGAAUAAGAAAGGCAAAGAUGUUAAUGAACGUAUUGAUGCUAUAUUUGAAGAUAGGUUGUUUAUGCGAUUGAAACACGAGAGGCCGAAGUUCUAUCACAAAAUAUCUGCGAUCGCAGGCGAUGUAUCUUUGCCAGGAUUAGGCAUAUCUCCCCGUGAUAGACAAGAAUUGGCUAAAAAUGUGAAUAUCGUAUUCCACGCAGCAGCUACAAUCAGAUUCGAUGAACACAUACGCACCGCAAUCAACAUCAAUGUCCUUGGUACAAGGGAAAUCAUCAAGCUAGCUAAAGAAAUGACUAAUCUUAAGUCUUGUAUGUACGUGUCGACUGCUUAUGCUAAUUGUGUACAUAGUAAAAUCGAGGAAAAAUUUUACGGAGCGCCGUAUAAUUACAAUGGAGUGAUAUCUUUGGUGACAUCGGCCAACGAUGAUAAAAAGUUAGAAGAUAUCACACCCAGCUUAACUGCAGGUUGGCCAAACACGUACACAUUCACGAAAGCUUUAGCCGAGGAUUUGGCCAAACACGAGGCUGUUGGUCUUCCGUUCGGCAUAUUCAGACCAUCAGUCGUUAUUUCGACGUAUAAUGAACCUGUUCGUGGUUGGAUCGACAACGUGUAUGGUCCCAUUGGUAUGAUUGUGGGAGUUGGCGCCGGAGUGCUUCACACACAUCACUGUGAUGUUACCAAGGUCGUCGAUUUAGUUCCAGUAGACUUAGUUGUCAAUGCACUGAUAUGCUCGGCUUAUAAAGUCAACAAAACUAUACCAAAAAUUGAAUCAAAUCCACCUAUUUUUAAUUAUGUCAGUUCUAAGCAGAAUCCAAUUAACUUAGAAAGUUUCUUCGAAAUCAUCAAGAAAUACGGACUCCCUAACUGGCCUACCAUCAAUGCAGUUUGGUACUACUCGUUUAUGCCCACUAAUAAUCCAUAUCUAUAUUCCUUAUUGUUCUUAUUAUUUCACACGAUACCCGGUUACUUUUUGGACUUUUUAUGCCAGAUAACAGGCAGGAAACCAAUACUUAGUAAUAUCUAUAAAAAAAUGAAAAAAGCCAACGCUGCACUUUCUUUCUUUGCAAAUAAUCAAUGGGAAUUUAAUGACGACAAUACUAAUACACUGUGGAAGAACAUGUCAGAAUCUGAUAAAAAGAUAUUCUUUUUCGACAUAAAAGAAAUGUCUUGGGAUUAUUACGCUCGAGCUUGUGCUAUCGGUCUGCGUUUGUACUUGGUGAAAGAUGACAUACAUACAAUCAAAAAUGCAAGAAUCAAAUGGGAAAAAUUACGCAAAGCACACUUACUGUUAAAAACAAUUAUAGCAAUAAUAUUUCUACGGAUCUGCUGGUUCAUCGUCAACAUGUGCUUUAAUUAGAUGAGUUACUCAUCAUGAGUAUUUAAUUUUAAAUUAACAUGUGUUUUAUAUUUUUUUAAUUAAGAAAUAUUUAAUUGCUGUGACAAUGAACCUAAAUGGCCAGUAAAAGCCAUAAAAAGGAAAGGAAAGAAAUAUUUAAUUAUUUAUUACACAAAUCAAAUGUGCAUAAUAUAGUUAAGCUUAUAGGAUUGAUUUUUAAAUCAACAUUAUGUUUACGUUAAUUUUAGUAGAUGGAAUGUACUUUUCAAGACUGAACAAAUAAUAUAUCAACAUAUUGUAUAUUCAUGCUGAUUCAAUAUGUUUUUUUUUAAGUAUGAAAUAAAA